AUGAAGAUGAAAAAUUACAACCACAACGCAUCGCAUUUAAAAGCGAUACAAGCAGAAAUUUCCAAAAAGAGGGCUGUUAGAAGGUAUUUAUGUAAAAAGAUUGUUGAAGAUAGGGUAAUAGAAAGAGAAAAAGAAGAUAGACAGCACGAAAUUUUAAGACAAAUUAAAGAACAGGACGAAAGAAGUGAACAUGAGCAAGAGAUACUGGACGAAAAAGAACAAAAGAAACAAGAGGAAAGUUUAAAUAGAGGCAAUUCAACGGUAUCUAUUCUAUCAAAAAGAGAAAGGCUAAAAAUGAAAACUGAGGAUUUGCAAAGAAAAAAAAAUGAACAAGAAGAGAAAAUAUCAUCACUUGAAACAAAACUAACCGAAUUAGAGUUAAAAGUAAUAACAUUAUUAAAGGAAGAUACUAAACAACAACUAGAUAUCAAUAAAACAACACCUAAAAAACAACAACCAAAAUUUUUACAAAAUAAUCCAAAUAGUAACAUUUAUAAUAAUAAUAAUAAUAAUAAUAAUAAUAAUAAUAAUAAUAAUAAUAAUAUGAAUAAUAAUAAUAAUAAUGAUAAUAAUAAUAAUAUGAAUAAUAAUAUGAAUAUGAAUAUGAAUAUGAAUAUGAAUAAUAAUAAUUUAGAUUUUAAUAAUGGUUUUAAUAUAAACAAUGAAGUAAUGAAUUAUAAUAUGAGCCAACAAAAACAAUAUCAACAAUAUAAUCAACAAUUUAAUGUUCAAGAGCAGGAUCAAUAUAACAAUCAGCAAUCACAACAGCAAUAUAAUGAUCAGCAAAAUUAUAACCAACAACAAUAUCUUCAGUCACAACACUUCAAUCAACAACAACAGCAACAACAACAGCAAUAUAUGGGCGGCCAACAAAAUAUGUAUAAUCAAUCAAUUUCCCCACAACCAUCACCACAACAACAAAAAACCUAUUUAUAUGAUAAUCAUGAUAGAUCAAAUCAAAAUCAAAGCCAAAACCAAUAUUAUCCAUCAGCCAAACCUUUACCAGGAUUAUCACCAAUUUCGCCGUUUUCUUCACCCACUUCACCAUACUCUGGUGAAGUUAGUUCGAGUAAUGUUGCGCCACCAUUUGCAUCACCACAUUCACCAUCGUCUCCAUAUGGCAGUAGAGCAUCACCACCUCACAAUUAUAGAAAUAAUGAUAAAUAUGAAAAAGAAUUAUAUUAUAAUGGAAAUAACAAUAUCGGUAAUAAUAGUAAUAAUAACAGCUACCAUCAUCCCAAUCAUCAUAAUAGUCAUCACAAUAAGAGCUAUGGAAGAUUUAACGAUAGAGAAAGGGACCGUAGUGAAAAUGGAUAUUACAAUCAAAACUAUAACAGAGAAAGAGAGUAUAUAGAUCAAAGAAGAGAUUAUAAUGAUGGUGAUGGUGAUUAUUCAAGAGGUCAUCCAUAUAAAGGGUAUAAUUCAAGAGGUGGCUUAAACAAUCGCAGACCAUAUAAAAAAAACCAAUUUUAAAUAGAGUAAAUUAUUUAUUUAUUAUCAUUGUAAAUAUUAAAAUAAAAUAAAAUAAAAAAAUAGUUGAUCUAUUUUAAAAGGAAUUAUAUUUUCAAAUACCAAUACAAAGUUGUAUUGGUGAUUGAAAUAGAAAU